CGGUAUCUAAUAUAACAGAGUAUCAAAAGCAUGGCAGUGUCAAGUCGGGAUUUUGGUGGAUCGGUAUCUAAAGGUUCAGCAGAGGAUUUUGAACUUAGCUGUGAACCAUGUCGGGCUAUUGAUCAGUAUAUUGAUGCCCAUGCAUUUUGUGCGGACUGUCAGGAAUAUCUGUGCAUGAGCUGCUCUUCUUAUCAUCAACGGAUAAAAGCUACGAAACAUCAUAAUCUUUCUGUAAUAGACAAAUCUGACAAACACACCAUUCAAAGUACAGAUUCAACAACUUGCACUGAAAAGUGUCCUAGUCACAAAAGUGAGAUCAUCAAGUUUUUCUGCACAAACCAUGAAUUUCUCGGAUGUAAUGAUUGUAUAACUCUGAAUCACAUAACAUGUAAAAUUAACUAUAUACCUGAUAAAUGUGCAGGUAUUGGUGAUAGUGAUGAGUACAGGAAAACAAUGAGAGAACUGGAUCAGAAGUUGAAAGAUAUGGAUGCCGUGAUCAAGAAGGCAACACAUCAAAACAAGGAAAUAGAUUUCUUCCAUGAUCAUGUCAUAAAAGUAAUUGUUACGUUCCGCAAGGAGAUAAAUGAUCGCUUAGAUAAACUGCAAAAGCAAAUUCAGUCAGACGCUGAAAAAAAGAAGCUCAAAGACAAACAAACAGUCAAGAAUGUGCUCAAAACAUGUGCUGCUGUUUCUUCGGAUUUCAAGAAAUUCAAGUCCAGUCUACAAAACAGCAAAGCUUCACAGCAAAAUGAACACCUUUAUAUCAUGCUCAAACAAGCAAAUUCCAAACUAAAGUUGGAUGAUUUGAAGAAUGCUCAAGAAUCGUUAGAUAAGACCAACAUUCAAUACACAUUUGAAAGAAACAAAGAAUUAGAGACCCUUCUUACUAAGCAAGAUAUGUUUGGUAAGUUGAACUUGUCCGCUACCCUGGUGUCUCCAAGGAAGAAUAUAUUAUUUGCUAAGUUAACUCACAUUGGAGAUAUAAAUGUAAAAACAAAGACAGAUAAGAAUGAAUGCUGGAUCACAGGAUGUGCCAUAUUAUCCUCUAACAAAGUUAUACUGGCUGAUUGCAACAACAAUAAACUGAAAGUUGUUGACACGCAAAGUAAAGCCGUGAUAGAUGAACAGAGACUUGACUCAGUCCCAUGGGAUAUCAUCGUAUUGCCUCAGGACCACAUAGCUGUAUCAGUGCCAAAUAAGAAAAAGAUAUUGGUACUGACAACAGUUGGUAAAUUUUCCAUCAUUCACAGGAUACAGAGUGUAGAAUGUAGAGGUAUAACCUAUCAUCAGGGUCAUCUCUACGUGUGUUGCUUGGAUCCUCUUAGUGUCAUGAAAGUAGAUACACAAGGUAAAAUCAAAAACAAAAUCUGCCUAAACAAAGAGAUAUUUGACAGCCCAUACUACAUACUGGUAAGUGAAGAUGCCAGGCAUAUCUACAUCAGUAACCAUGGAAACAACAGUGUAGUCAGUGUAACAUUACAGGGUGGUGUGUCAGCUGAAUACAAUCACAAUUAUCUUAGAGGACCAAGUGGAAUGAUGAUGUUAGAAAAUGGUUCAUUGCUGGUGUGUUGCUGCUUGAACGGCAGCAUACAUCGUAUCACAGGAGACUUGAAGGAUAGCCAUACAAUCUUUAAAGGAUUACAGUACCCGCGAUCUAUAUGCUACAAUCAGCAUCAACAAGAGGUCUAUAUUGGUGGAGAAUGUGAUCAGCUGAAGAUACUGAAUUUUGAAUAAACUUUGAUAACAAUACUGUAGCAAUAAGGAGGCUUAUAUAGGAACACAUUUUGCUUGGUCAGAGUUUAGGCUGCAAAAUGAUCGUAUUAGCUUCCAACAUUUUAACCUGCAGUUCUGCAAAGGGGACACAUGAAUAAAAUAUUGGCGCCAGAGUUAUGGUUGUUGUGUCAAACGAUGAUGAUGA